UGACAUUUUAUUUUUAAGAAUAAUAUUUUUAAUAUUGGUAACUCUUAUUUUCUGUGAUUCUCCGAAAUGGUUAGAUUUCCUUUGCGAGAAGUAUUAAUCUAUGCGGUUAGAUCGACUCAAUAAUUUACCAAAUUUAGCAGUAUUUUCGUGUUUUGUGCUUAUCAGUGAAACUAAAGUUCAGUUUGCCCAAAAUGACCAAACUAACGAAAUACUCUGACGAUCCGGCCGAUAAAAAGCAAUAUGUUAAGGAGUUCUGUAAAAGAAUGUUAAAAACCCAACUUUUCAUGGGUACUUUUCAAGAGAAACGUUGGGUAGAAUCUGUUAGUUCGUACAGGGAUGUAGUAAGAAUUGACCAAGAAGAGAAAGAAUUUAUUGAAAAUAUCUUAGUUGUAAGGAAAAAACUUAGAAAUGAAUUUAGUAAUGAUACUCUCUGGAUUGGAAUUACCAGUUCCGAUAUGAUUGGAGCCCCUGCAGGGAAUAACUUAUGGGUAACUUUACCCAUAGACAUCUUUGGAACCUAUUGGUUUAAAGUAAAAACUGUAGAAUUUCUCUCAUGUGAAGUUAAAUUAAGAUUAGAAGUUGUCCGUCCAGUGAGAAAUGAGAAAUCAGCAUCAGAUCUUUCAUCUGAAGAAACAAGCAACAUAACAUUUGACCUGAAAUCAUCUAUACAUGACAUAUCAAAUAGUUUCAAAGGGGGCAUGAUGCAUAUUCUUACAAGCAUCACUCUAAGUAAUUUUAAAAGUACUGUGGUAUUUAUAUUGUUGUUAUUAAGCACUAUUUUUACGGCAGCCAUAAGUUUAGUUCAUUAUUUAAUGGAAUAUUUGUUAAAACUUAUGAAAGAGGCAUCUGGGUUUAUCCAAGCCUUGACUCCUAUCAUUAUUGCUUUUAUUAAUCUUAUUUGGAAGGUUAUAUUUGGUUUUUAUUCUUUAAUAGUUGCUUUAUUUGUACAUGGAAGAUCCAAAAAUAUACAGCCACAACCUAUUUAUUAUUUGCCAAAUCAAAAUAAUUUUUCGAAUAGGAAAGCUUUACUUAAUAGAUCUUCCGUUGUUAUUACACCUCUAGAUGAUUAACAAAUUUAGGUAUUUUUAUAGGCCGGUGAUAUUACCUACUAUAAUUUAAGGUUUAGGUUAUAUCUAAAUACGUUAUUUUAAAAUAAGGAACUGUAGGUUUGGAUAUGAUGUAAGAUAAAUUUGAUAUUUUGCAUUGAAAUAUAUGGCUAAGUAAGCAGUAAAUUGAAUUUGAUUGUUUUUUAUGCUGCCAUGUAGUAAUUACUACUGGUUUAUUCAACAGGAAUAUCUGGUCAGCUUAACUUU